ACUGCUCUUACUUUCACUGGACCCCUGUCUUUGUUAUUCUGCAUGUCUGAUUAGCGGGAGCCUGAUUGGCCGGCUGCCUGCACACAGAGAGAUUCCAUUGAGCCCCCCAUCACACGCCCCUUGGCUCAGGAAAUGUGAGCAGGGCCGGUGUGUGUGUGGAAGCUGAUAGGCAGUGUGAGCCCCAGUGCUGGAUGUGACAGCAGCUCAGUCCUAGCAGAUCAGUCCUAUCAUCCCCACCGGCAAGGAUCCAACUAUGGAAUGCUGCUGCCAUGGGCCACUCACUACCACUCUGCUACUGUCUGUGGCUGCUCUCCUCCUGAGCUCUCGAACAGCUCGUUCCGAAGAAGAUCGUGACACAUUAUGGGACGCUUGGGGAUCAUGGAGUGAAUGUUCAAGGACAUGUGGUGGCGGGGCUUCAUAUUCUUUAAGAAGAUGCCUUAGUAGCAAAAGCUGUGAAGGUCGGAACAUCCGGUACAGAACAUGCAGUAAUGUGGAUUGUCCGGCAGAUUCAGGAGAUUUUCGGGCCCAGCAGUGUUCAGCUCACAAUGAUGUCAAAUACCAAGGACACUAUAGGGAGUGGCUUCCAGUUUAUAAUGAUCCUGAAAACCCAUGUUCUCUAAAGUGCCAAGCAAAGGGGACAUCUCUUGUUGUAGAACUUGCUCCAAAGGUCUUAGAUGGUACUCGAUGUUACACAGAAUCCUUGGAUAUGUGCAUCAGUGGUUUAUGUCAGAUUGUUGGUUGUGACCACCAGCUAGGAAGCACUGCAAAGGAGGAUAACUGUGGAGUUUGCAAUGGAGAAGGGUCCACCUGCCGACUGGUUCGGGGACAAUACAAGUCUCAACUCUCUGCAAAUAAGUUGGAUGAUACAGUGGUUGUUAUUCCAUAUGGCAGUAGACAUAUACGACUGGUGCUUAAAGGACCUGAUCACUUGUACCUGGAAACAAAAACAUUGCAAGGGCUAAAGGGUGAAAACAGUCUCAGCAACACUGGAUCUUUUCUUGUGGACAACACUACUGUUGACUUCCAAAGAUUUCCUGAUAAAGAAAUCCUCAGGAUUGCUGGUCCUCUUUCUGCAGAUUUUUCUGUCAAGGUGCGUUACACUGGUGCUGCAGAUAGUGUUGUACAGUUUAUUUUCUAUCAACCCAUAAUACAUCGCUGGAGAGAAACUGAUUUUUUUCCUUGUUCAGCUUCGUGUGGAGGAGGUUACCAGUUAACAUCAGCAGAAUGUUAUGAUUUGAGGAGUGGCCGUGUAGUGGCAGAUCAGUACUGCCAUUACUAUCCGGAGAAUGUCAAACCCAAACCCAGGCUCCAGGAGUGCAACAUGGACCCAUGCUUAGCCAGUGACGGUUACAAGCAAAUUAUGCCCUAUGAUCUCUAUCACCCCCUUCCCAGAUGGGAAAGUACUCCCUGGACUUCUUGCUCUUCAUCUUGUGGUGGAGGCAUCCAAAGCCGGACAGUCUCCUGUGUGGAGGAGGACAUGCAGGGCCAUAUCAGCUCUGUUGAGGAAUGGAAAUGUAUGUACAAUCCAAAGAUGCCUAUUGUCCAGCCCUGCAAUAUUUUUGAUUGCCCUAAAUGGCUGGCUCAGGAGUGGUCACCGUGUACUGUUACAUGUGGGCAUGGGCUGAGGUACCGUGUGGUUCUCUGCAUCGAUCACAGGGGAAUACACACAGGAGGAUGCAGUCCUAAAACAAAACCUCACAUCAAGGAAGAAUGUACAGUACACAUACCUUGCUACAAGAUCAAAGAAAAACUACCAGUAGAGGCCAAGUUACCAUGGUAUAAACAAGCGCAGGAAUUAGAAGAAACAGCAGCUGUAUCUGAAGAGCCUUCUUUUAUCCCGGAACCAUGGUCUUCAUGUAGUGUUAGCUGUGGAGCUGGUAUUCAACAACGAACAAUAAAGUGCCAGGUGCUUUUGUCAUUUGCUCAAACAGUCGCUGAUCUUCCACUUGAUGAGUGUGAAGGACCAAAGCCUACCAAUCAAAGAACCUGUUACAGUGGACCCUGCAAUGGAGAAGCUGUAGAGUACAGUCCAGAUGAAGAAGAGUUGGAAUAUGGAGAAAUAAAAGAUAUUGAUGAGCUCUAUGACUGGGAGUAUGAGGGCUUCUCUGAGUGCUCAGAGUCCUGCGGAGGAGGUGUUCAAGAAGCUAUAGUUGUAUGCUUGAACAAGCAAACAGGGGUAGCCAUGGGUGAAGGUCUGUGUGUGGUCAGCAGACGACCUCCCCCCCUAUUGAAAACAUGCAAUAUGGAAGCAUGUCCACCAAGGUGGGAGAUUGGGAACUGGAGCUCAUGCAGCUUGACGUGUGGAGUUGGAUUACAGACCAGAGAUGUGUUCUGCUCUCAUCUUCUGUCCCGGGAGACAAAUAAAACUGUUGUUUUGGGGGAUGAUGUCUGUAGACAGCCAAAACCUAUUUUGGUGCAGGCCUGCAACCGAUUUGACUGCCCACCCUCCUGGUACACUACAGAGUGGAAACCGUGCUCUCAGUCAUGUGGUGGAGGUAUUCAGGCCCGGGAGGUCCUCUGCAAACAAAGGCUUUCUGAUGGCAGCAUCUUGGAACUUCCUGAAACCUUAUGCUCAUCUACAAAACUCGCGACACAGGAAUUAUGCCACAAUGAAGACUGUCCACCAGAGUGGUCUCUAAAUGACUGGUCUCAGUGCUCAGUUUCAUGUGGAGAGGGGACACAAAUCCAAGGAGCUGUUUGUAGACAGAAGGUUAAAACUGGAGAAUAUAUUGUAGUGAAUUCGACUUUGUGUCCAGAUUCCAUUCCUCACCAGAUGACCCGGUCUUGCUCAUCAGCACCAUGCACAAGACCCUGGCUUGGCCAGAAGACAAACCCUCAAAUAUCUGGACUGAGAAAAAUCUACAUACAAACCAAAAAGCAGAAGAAGCUUCAAUUUGUUGUUGGCGGCUAUGCUUACCUCCUGCCAAAGACUUCUCUCGUACUUAGGUGUCCUGUGCGUAGGUUUCGUAAACCACAAAUUAUAUGGGAGAAAGAUGGAAAACACUUGAUCAGUUCAGAGCAUGUUACUGUGGCACCACAUGGAUAUGUUAAAAUUCAUCAUCUCAGGCCAUCAGACACUGGAGUCUACAUAUGCAUGGCUGGGCCUAGCCAAGAACAUUUUGUCAUCAAGCUUAUUGGAGAGAACAAUAAAAUCAUUUCUCAGGUUUCCAGACAUAGAGAAGAAGACACUGUUAAAAAACACAGAAAAAAUUAUUCUUUUAAUCGUCCAGAAAAGCAACAAAAUUCGAAUCCUUUAAACCGAAGCAAAACUGAAAAGCAGAUGCAGAUAACGGACCCUGGUAGCCGCUAUGAUAAUAUUGUUUCACGUCUUCUGGCACUUAAACCUUGGUCUGACCAUCACAUAGAUCCAUCUGACCCUCAGGAAUCUUUUGAAAGAAAUAUCUCUUCAGAGGAAGACCAUGGAUUGGAGCAUACUAUACCUAAUACUUUUGUUACUGAUGUUAAACAUGUAGAAGAUGUAAUACGGUUAUUGUCCCAGCAACCUGGUGAACUCCAUGACAACAGCAAACAUCUCUUUUUACAACUGGCUCAUGAGCUAGUUAAAAGCCGUCUAGAAAACCAUGGACCACCAGUUUUUAAGCCUGAGCCUAAACAGCUUGGUCCAGGAAAUUCAGAGCAUUCAUUGUAUAAACCUGUGUCUGGUUUUUCCAGCUCAUGGAGGUCAUCAUCAAUGGAAGCAGAAGUGUUUGAACCACAUGACAUUCUCCCAGGCCAGUCUCACAGAAAGCCAGUUAUUCUCCGAAAAAUAUCUGCAGCCCAACAUUUCUCUGCUUCUGAGGUUGUAACCCAUAUUGGACAAACUGUGGCACUGGCUAGUGGAACCCUCAGUGUGCUACUUCAUUGCGAAGCUGGAGGAAACCCUAAACCAGUUAUAAGCUGGGCCAAGAAUGGAGAAGAAGUGAAAUAUAGUAACAGGAUCCUCCUAAAAUCAGAUGAUACCCUGCAAAUACUAGAGCCAGUUGAAGCUGACGUUGGCUUUUACACCUGUAAUGCCACCAACUCUUUGGGCUCUGCUUCUGUGUCUAUUGCCAUUACUUUAGCAGGCAAACCGUUAAUAAAGACCUCCAGAAAUGUGCUUAUCAAUAUGGAUGCGCCUUCUAUCACCAUCGAUGUUGGCAGUGUGGUGAAAACUAUUCCAGGAACAAAUGUAACAAUCCAUUGCCAAGUAGCAGGUCUUCCAGAGGCUGAUGUGACUUGGUUUAGAAAUAAAAGCAGAUUACACCAUGUGCCCCACCACAGCGAUGCAUCAUUGUUCCUGGCAAAUAUAACAUAUACCGACCAGGGACUGUAUGCAUGCAAAGCAGCUAACAUACAUGGAGAGGUAUUAGAAUCAACCCAUCUUCAAGUCAUAGAGCCUGCUUUGGACCUGUUUGGAGUGGAGCGACUGUUAAUGCUUUUUGCUGAACUUGGACCCGGAUUACCUUCGGUGCUUACAUCCCUUGUUGGUAACAGCUUAAUGGUGAACAUGGGCGCAACAGCAUUGAUAGGAUGCCCUGUGAAAGGAGAAUAUGUGCCUAGCAUUUCUUGGUUUCAUGUAAAUCAGCUACUGAAUAAUGGAGCACGCCCAUCAUAUGAGAUUCUGGAAGGUGGACAGAUUCUAAGACUAACUAAUAUAAGUAACGAUCAUCUAGGACAAUACAGUUGUGUCGUAAACAAUACUUCUGAUUCACUUAUGCAACAAGCUAUUCUGUCAAUUCAAGCAACAUCAUCCGACUAUCAAUGGUCAGUGACUGGUCUGGUGCCAUGUACAGCAUCGUGUGGCAACAGAGGUAUUCAACAACCACAGCUGAAAUGUGUCCUCGACAAGCAAGAAGCUAAUACAUCUUACUGCCUGGAUAAGCCCAGACCAUCCCUAAAACCUAUUUCAUGUAACAGACGAGACUGCCCACCAAGGUGGAUGGUAACCUCCUGGUCAGCAUGCUCACAGAGCUGUGGAGGUGGAGUACAGACUCGCAGGGUGACUUGCCAAAAACUGACAGGAACUGGGAUCUCUUUACCAGUGUCAAAUGAUAUGUGCACCUUGUCUUCAAAACGUCCUGUUGAUAGUCAAAGCUGCAGUAGACAGCUGUGUGUAGAGUGGACCACAUCUUCAUGGGGGCAGUGUCAUGGACCAUGCCUAGGACCACGCACAGCUGUACAGCAUAGACAAGUGUACUGUCAGACCCGGGAAGGAACGAUCGUAUCUCCAGAACAAUGUCAAACUCUGCCAAGGCCUGGUAACACACAGAACUGCUGGGCAGACCUCUGCAGCGUACACUGGAGAGUUUCAUCGUGGACCCACUGCACAGCCACCUGUGGCAAUUAUGGUUUCCAGUCUAGACGUGUUGAGUGUGUUCAUCAUAAAACUGGCAGAACCGUACAAGAUCACAUGUGUUCCUGGAGACCACGACCCUCAAAUUGGCAGCGCUGUAACAUGGCACCUUGUGAGAACGUUGACUGCAGAGAUACGACACGGUACUGUGAAAAAGUGAAACAGCUAAAACUUUGUCAGCUUGCACAGUUCAAAUCUCGCUGCUGCGGGACUUGUAGGAAAGCCUGACGACUCAUUCAGAAGACCCGAUGACCCAUUUGAAAGCCUAACUUUGCUUUAGCUAAGCACAGAGAUGCGGAAAAGAAAAAAGCUGUUUCACAGGCUUGUGAUGAUCCUGUGAGCAUAUUUAUUUUUGUGUUGUCUGGCCAUGAAGAAGGACUUGACAAAGAUGUCCUCCAUUUCUGCUGGAAGACAAAAUACCGUGAAUAGCUGACUGGCAUGUUUCACGUGUGCUGCACUUGGGAAAGAAGUUUAUUUGUAAGCCAAGGACACAGAACACAAAUCCUUAUGGUUGUACCAUGGACAGUGAGGAUUGUGCAACCUAGAAAAGGGUAUUGAAGCAACAUAGGAACAAAGGGAUUUGCUGGGACACCAAAUUUCUGGGUAGAAAUAAGAUGGACAUUUUUGGAUGUAUAUGUAUUUUUCAUUUGUGUUAUGUUUCAAUCUACUUUAUUUUUUUUUACUGUGCUGUCUCUGCCAUACGCACUAUGGAACACAGAGCAUAGCACACUGAUGCACACUACAGAAUAAAAAAGCUGGGACCAAUCUUCUCCCUGGAUUCUACAAAGCCAAAUAUAAGACUAUGUUAUAUGAACAAUCACAAUUAGAAAAACAGCAUUGCUGACUUGUGAGCCUGUUUCUCGCACAGAUGUGAAUACUGCGCCUUAAUCUUCCUGAUGACAAGGGUUACGGGCAUGUUGUAUCUUGCAAUGACAUGUGAUGUUCUAAAACUUGUGAAAUUAUACUUCCCUAGUAGAUGUAAGGAAAUGGUGACUUCUGACGCAAUGCAUUUAACGGACAAAUGGUAGCCACCUCUGUCUUUACAGGCACUUUAUGAUAAUGUGUUGCUUGAAAGUAACAUAGCAAACAGAUUAUGUUCAAAUCCAAUGAAAGUUCUUUUUAGUGGGUCGAGCGAAUUUUAGGAAUACAUGGACAGGGUUCUCAAUAGAUAGCACUUUGUUACUUGUACAAUUUGAAGCCACUGGGCUAGCGUGGGCUUGUCCACUAUUUCUACACUGUGAGCUGUUGAGUUAAUGACCUGCAUACCAAUGGUAAAAGCAGAAUGCCAUUUCCUUGGCAAGUGAGCACUUACAUAAAUAAAAUGAUUAGGCCCCAGAAAAAGGCUGGUUACCUCAAUGUCGUAUUACCACAUACCAAGUCUCACAUACAAGCAAUAUUUAUUAAGAUGUUAAAACGAGCUUUGGUGAUGGGUCAUGCUAUGCAAAGAAAAGAAACACAGAGUGACUGAUCAGAUUUUAUUUUAUUGGAUUAAGAAUGUUAAAGGUUAAUUUCCUUUAGAUUUAUAUGGCUUACUGUAUGUAGUGCACUGCAGUAUUAAAUAAACCAAUACUGUAUAGGUUUUGCAGCUUUUAUGGUGGGAACUUUGAGAAAGUGAUGUUCUACUCUAAUAAGAAAUCUCCCAACGUCUGAACUUUCAGUAUAGUAACACAGAAUGGCCUCCCACUUUGUGACUCCCCUUAUAAUCCUUAGAAAGACCUUAAAGUACCCAUAAACAUGAAAUGACAGGUGCUGAGUCACAUAUUCAUGCGUUGACAGUGACCUGCAUAUGCUUACCAGCAUAUUGAUAUUAAACAAAAGAUACUCAUAUUGGCUGUGUUUUUCAGAAAUUUUCCACAAUCAAACAUUUUUAUUUUAUACAGCUAAUUCAGCCGAACAAGUGCCAAUUAACACACUGCAAAGUCCUCCAUUCUUCUUUGCCAACUAUUUUAAGCACUUAAAAUCCCCUUGCAAUUAGACCAAGAUUUUCCAGUGAUAAAUAUCUGGAACACAUACAACUGUUGAAGGCUACAGUAAGAAACAGCAAAAAAGCUGGCAUCCCCUCCAGUAGCUCAUUAAGAUGUAGUUAAAAAGUAUAACUAAUAAUAUAUUUUAUGGUGUUUAAAAAUAGAAAAAAAAAUGUAUUACUUGCAAGGUGCAAAUUUUCUGUGCUUAUAAGCAGCCAUAGGAAUACUUUUCAAAAUGCCAAAAACUAUUCAUUCUCUCAGCAAUGUUGUCUGUUUCCAUAUUGACAAAGACCAAUUAGCACGUGUUUUUUGGUUGUUCAACUGAAAUGUGGUACUCAGGGUAAAUGACAUAAAAUCAAACUAGCUUAUAGAGCUUGAUUUUAAUCCCUAGUUAAUCAUGUCUCACGAAGCAAUAUGGAUAUAAAGUUUGGAGGUCAGUAGCCUUGGCAUUGAGAUUGUCAAAGAGUUAUCUUCUGAGUCUCAUAGUGAAAUAAAUGGCAUGGCCCCACCCAAUAGGAGAUGCCAAUGGAACUUUCACCUAUACAUGAUAUGGGGGAUCAAAUGAAAAUGACCAUUUAGCUUAUGGGUGCUUAACCUGUGGCCAUCCAGCUGUUGUGGAAUUACAAGUCCCAUCGUGCCUCUGCCUUUGGGAGUCAUGCUUGUUUAACUGACAGACCUGCAAUGCCUCAUGGAGCUUGUAGUUCUGAAACAGCUGGAUGGCCACAGGUUGAGCACCCAUGAUUUUAGCCAUAGUAAAAUAAAUGGUACAACCUUACCUAAUAGGAGAUUCCAAUGGAACUUACACCUAUACAUGAUAUGGAGGAUCAAGUUAAAAUGACCAUUUAGCCCAUGGGUGCUUAACCUGUGGCCAUCCAGCUGUUGCUGAAUUUCAAGUACUAUCAUGCCCCUGCCUGUGAGAGUCAUGCUUGUUUAACUGACAGACUUGCAAUACCUCAUGGAACUUUUUGUUCCGGAACAGCUGGGGGGCCACUGGUUGAGCACCCAUGAUUUAGCAAUGUUCAUGUUUAUUCAACAAUAUAAGCUCUUAGAAGUUUUAGGCUCCUUUCACACCAGCGGACUGCUUGGGUCUGUUUUUGAGUCUGUUUUCUGUCUGUAUAUUAGGCGGACCCAAUCGGACCACCCAUUGCUCUCUCUGGAGCAACAGAUGACAGUCGGGUGGAAACGGACAGGCAGGACAUUUCCAUCUGACCGCUCCCAUAGAGAACAGUGGCAGAGGGGACACAGACCUGUCAUCCGCCUGCCCAGUGGGGAUCAGCGGAGAGAUACCCUGCUGAGCAGGCGAAUACGCUUGACGGAUUCCACUCUGUCUGAAAGGGGCCUUAGUAGGAUAUCUGUGUUUAUGAAACUGAAUGUUUUAUUUCCCCACUUAAUUAUGUGUAACUAAAGGUCCUAAUUCUAAUGUGAUGUAAUACCAAAUGAGUGUCUAGGGAUUGGUAGUUUUGCAGUAUUAAAUGAUCUGUUUGUCAAAAGCAGAGUGUUAUUGUUCUGUUCUUGACCUUGUGGUGAAAAAAAAAGCAGCCCCCCUCUAAGAUCUAAAGGUUACCACCAGUCCAGAGUGCUCAUAUAUAUGCUAUUUAGCAGCUUAAGGAGCAUUGGUCAAAACAGCUGUGGAAGAUGUUCACCAAGAAUUUUGUAAUAUAAAUACAUGAGGGUUAAGGGUUUCCAGGUCCUCCUAAGUAUAGCUGGGUCAAUCAUGUUUAUGGACCACAUUGGAGAACCAGCUGAAACUGUUUUCAUGCUUAAGCAAUGAAAAACUGGAAAAAAAAAGAGAAGCUAUUCCAGGGCUAUGAGCACCCUACAUAUUCCUGCUGCAAAGUAUCAAUUCCAUGGUCAAUAUUUCAGUACUGACCAGUUAGUAAAGGUAACAGUAGCAUUUUUUUUAACAUAGCGGUUUGUAACACUUCUUGCAGUGGCACAAUGAUGUCAUCAGUGCACUGUGUAACCGUACUGGGACCCUUCCACAUUUUAUAGGAUUUGGGACUGCUUCAUUGUCAGUCCUAGAAGAGCAUAAUUCAUCAAAAGCAUCUGCAUGUUUCCUGUGACCUCCCAAGCCUUCUCUCGAAGCCUCAGGCCCAAAGAGCAGUUGCAUCCUUACACAGUUACUCCACUACCUUAUGGACAGUAAAAGAAAAACAUUUAUUCACAAAUAUCAUAAAGGCUGCACCUGAAACCACUGAAUUGAUCUCCCUUUUUUUUUUUACACAUUUUCUAAGAAAAAUGCACCUGAUACAGCCACUUUGUGAAAAGAUGUUCUGUGUGCAAAGUGUGUUUUGCAAUGAUACAGCAUAUUGUUAUUGUUAUUAAUAAUAAUAUAAAAUGUCUAUGUAUGUAUAGCUUUUGUUUAUAUUUAUUAGGGUUUCUUGUACAAAAAAGGUGCAAUAUUAAUAAUUGUACAUUGUUUUUCAGAUAAAAAUUAUUUUUGGGACUUUUUA